AUGCUUGUCAUCGCUCGAUUCUCCAUUGUUCUCUUGAUUCUCGUCGUUGCUGCCCACGGCUUUACACUAUACAGGCCAACGGCGAAGCCCAAACAUCAUUCCGGAUCCGACAGCCGCGCCGUUUCGGAAAAUGUUGAUCUCGACGAAACCGACGAGGGCUCAUAUGAUCGCUUGAAAAAUGUGAUCGCAAAUUUGAAUCCCAGGGUCGGAUUGAUGCACUCAUCAUUCCUUGGCAACGAAUAG